CACAAAAUAUUAUAAAGAAAUAUUUUUAAGAUAAAUAUUUUUACUAUAUAUUUAUUACUCCCUAAAGUAGUAAUAUUUUAGUUUUAUUAUCCUAUAUUAAACUUGCUAGCACAAGUUUAAUUUAGGACUCCGGAGCAAGUUCGUGUGGAUACAUUAGAGGCUUUAUACGUUUGGCGCUACGUUCAUCUCCUCAAAACCAUCCCCGACCGUUUCUCCGUUCUCCAUUUUCACCGUUAGGAGCUACUUGGAUGGAUUUUCAAGUUGUAGUGUUAUGUGGUGGUUUCUCCAAGAAUCUUGUUCCUCUUGUUUCCAAGGAAGUGCCAAAGGCGCUGCUUCCGGUGGCCAACAAGCCGGUCUUGUCUUACAUUCUUGACCUUUUCGAGCAAAACAAUCUCAAAGAUCUAAUUGUCGUGGUUGAGAGUCAAGAUGCAGCAACUCUAGUAGGGGCUUGGAUAUCCAAUGCCUAUAUUGACCGCCUUCAUGUUGAGGUUGCGGCAGUACCUGAGGAUGUAGGAACAGCAGGAGCCCUUAGAGCAAUUGAUCGCCACCUGACAGCAAAAGACAUCUUGGUUGUAAGUGGUGAUCUUGUUUCUGAUAUACCUCCAGGAGCUGUUGCAGCAGUUCAUCGACGACAUGAUGCUGUUGUUACUGCAAUGCUUUGUUAUGCUCCAGCUGGUGGGCCUUUGGAGUCAGGUUCAUCUGCAAAGAAACCUGCACGAUAUAAUAUUGUAGGAUUGGACCCUACAAAACAGUUUCUUCUACACAUUGCGGCUGGAUUUGAAGUUGAGAAAGAUAUGCGCGUUCAGAAGAGCAUACUCAGAGCUGUUGGACAAGUAUUUUGGUCACACACACCUAAUGGAUUCUCAUGUUAUAUUUUAACCAUCAAAGAAUUUAGUGCUGACUAGAAUUUGCCUAAUUUAGUGUUGACUAGAAUUUGCCUAAGGCUCUCACUCUGAGAGACUGACAUACUUUUGUUGUUAAUGUUUUACUACAAAACAGUACUCUUAGGUGUGGGCCUAAGUAGACAAUUGGCAUAACCAGGGUCCCCAAAUUUCAAAUUAGGGUGUGCUAGAAACAUAUCUAGUUUAUUUAUUUUGUGUUUUUUAUCUGUAAAAAAUUAUUGUUAGAAAACAAGUGUUAAAUCAAAGCUGGGGUAUAUGAGCUUCCUGCCCUCCCCAGCUAUGCCAUUGCGACUAACCCACAUAAGAGAACUUAACUAUGACGCUAAAGAACACCAUGACCAUUUCUUGGAACAAUGAUUAUAAUACAACCUAUUGUAGUCUUAUGUAGUUGUUACUAGAUCUUUUUUUGCCUAAUACACAUGUGCGUGGCAGAUGGAUAUUCAUCCCGAUCUGAUGGAUGCUCACAUGUAUGCAUUCAAGAGAACGGCUCUGCAAGAAGUUCUAUCUCUUAAACCAAAUUUAAUGAGCUUGAAGUGUGAUGUCUUGCCGUAUCUUGUGAGAAGUCAGCUGAGAUCUGAGUUAUCACUUAAUGGAGUGUACCCAGAAGAAAAUGGGAAUCAUAUGGAUUUUUCACAGAACAGUACAGUUUUGUUGUCUCAACUUAUGGCCAACGCCUCUGCCCAAAGUUUUCAUGACCAAUGUGCAUUUGGUGGUUCUGAUAAAUCCGUUCGAGCUCUCAAGAAAACCCAUAAAUGCUGUGUUUAUAUUGCCAACAAGACCAAUUACUGCAUGCGUUUAAAUUCCAUCCAAGCAUUCAGUGACAUAAAUCGAGAUGUAAUUGGGGAUGCUAGUCACAUAUCUGGUUACUCCUUCUCUGCCCAGAACAACAUAAUUCACCCUUUAUCUGUCCUUGGAUCAAAAACAACGGUGGGACCACAUUGUAUGCUGGGAGAGGGUUCAGAGAUGGGUGAUAAGUGCAGUGUCAAGAAGUCCAUUAUUGGUCGCCAUUGCCGGAUUGGUUCUAACGUAAAGGUAGUCAAUUCUGUUGUGAUGAACCAUGUUACCAUCGGGGACGGCUGUUCAAUCCAAGGCUCCGUUUUAUGCAGUAACGUCCAGCUCCAAGAACGUGUUGUACUAAGGGAUUGCCAAGUUGGGGCAGGUUUUGUUGUAGCCACCGGCAGCGAAUACAAAGGGGAAUCAUUGGCAAAGAAGGAGAAACAAUGACACGCCCGUUUUCAUUGGUUCGUCGUGAUAGAUCAUCAACUACUGCUAUUCAAUCAUCAUCGUCUAACACUUCAAAUUCUGCGGAAUUGCCCUUCUUUGAAAAGGUUACCUCUGGGUGUAUUUUGUGUAAAAGAGCGAAAAAGAUUAGGAAGAGAAAGUCAGUGUGCGUCUGAGUUUUUUAAAAUCCAUAUCGUGUUAGACGAUGUUUUGAAACAGUUUGUUCUUUUAAAAGGACGGAUGUCAUGUGAGAACAAGGACAGGAAGUUGAAAAUGCACCAACCAUUUCUUCAUGUUUUUUUUUGUCUAGUUUUCUGUGUGAUACAUAAAAUAAGCCAGUGUAUAGAGGAGGGUUAAUGUUGUGAGCAACGAAAUAUAUGGCGUCUUUUUAUAUAAACAGAAAUUAUGGUU